UUUGUCCAUGCGGCGUAUCCGGACAAGUUGCAGUCAUUUUGGAUCGACGAAGAUGCCAGUGACGACGACGGACGGUGUGGUGGCGCUGACGCACCGCGGGUCGGGCGCGAGCGCCCACGUGCACCUGUAUGGCGCCACGGUCACGUCAUUCGUGCCUAAAGCCGGCGCCGAAGACCUGCUCUUUCUCUCGACGCGCGCAGCCUUGAACGGCUCCAAGCCCAUCCGCGGUGGCAUCCCGCUCGUCUUCCCGCAGUUUGGCGCCGGCCUCGUGCCCUCGACGCUGCCGUCGCAUGGAUUUGCACGCACGAGCAAGUGGUCGCUCGUCGAAUCGGAGGACCUCGAGGCCUCGACGUCGGCAACGUUUGCGCUUUCGACUGCCAAGGGCGAGCUGGCCGCUUGGCCACAUGCCGUGCGCCUCGUGUACAUUGUCACGAUCGCGCAGCACCAGCUCACGACGGCGCUGCACAUCACCAACACGGACACGGACGAGUGGAGCUGCCAGGCGCUUUUGCACACGUACUUGCGCGUCGCGGCGCCGCCGUCGCUGACCAACGACGAGCUCCCGGGCGUCCGCGUCCAUGGCCUCAAGGGCUCGAGCUACAUGAGUAAGGUGUCCAACACGACGCAGAUUGAAGACCGUGACCACGUGACGAUCGCGUCCGAGACCGACAGCGUGUACACGGACGCACCCGAUACGAUCAUCGUCCAGGCCGGUGUCGGCAACACCGUGCGCAUCGAGAAGCGCGCGUCGCUGCUCGGGGCACGCGCGCUCCCGAGCGACGCCGUUGUUUGGAACCCAUGGACCGAGAAGGCGCAUGGCCUUGGCGACUUUGGCGACGAAGAGUACCCGCAAAUGCUGUGCGUCGAGCCUGGCGUCGUCUCGCGCCUCCAGCCCAUCCGGCCGGCGGAAACCCUUGUGCUCAAGCAAGUGCUCACGCUCGCUGCGUGACUCCAGACCCGUCCGACAGGAAGCGCAACUGCAUAUCUCUAAUCCAACGCCAUGCUGCAUUGUC